AUGGUGGGCCACCAACCUGGAGAGCUAGGGUUGCAUCAGCCAGUCACAGCAUCCCCUUUUCAUGCUGAAAUCAAUGCCAUGAACAUGCUUCUUGGCGUGGGCUGCUUGAAGGAUAGCUUGAUUGGCGAUGAAGUGUGGGAAUUUCAGCUGUGGUGGCGGAGGGGUGGUGGGGGUGGGGGUGAUGUGGGUGAUGUGGGUGAUGUGGGUGGGGGAGGUGGAUCAAAUUCAGGUGGUUACGGGGAGGAGGAUAGGGGGAGAGGAGAAGAGGGUGACCGGGGUUCCGCCGGUAACCGGUGGCCGAGACAGGAGACGUUGGCCUUGUUGAAGAUAAGGUCUGAUAUGGAUGUUACUUUUCGUGACUCAAGUCUCAAAGGCCCAUUAUGGGAAGAGGUUUCCAGGAAACUGGCGGAGCUUGGCUAUCAUCGAAGCGCCAAGAAAUGCAAGGAAAAAUUCGAGAACGUCUUCAAGUACCACAGGAGAACCAAAGAAGGCCGAGCCUCCAAGGCCGACGGCAAAACUUAUCGGUUUUUCGAACAGUUGGAAGCUUUGGAAACUCAACCCUCACUUGCCUCCCUCCCCCACUCUAAACCUCCAGCUCCGGCGGUGCUUGCCGCCACAAUGCCGCUGGCUAACCUUCCAACCACUCUCCCUCAAAUCACUGUUCCAUCAACAUUACCCAACCCUACAAAUUCCACAGCAAACCCUACAAUUCCCACCAUCCCUUCCCCGACGCCACCCACGAGCCGGCAUCCUCCACACAACAAUGUUCACACCGCCCAUCCAGCCAUGGCCGCCAAUUUCCUCUCCAAUUCCACCUCUUCCUCAACCUCCUCCGACGAAGAAUUGGAGAGACGGGGUAAGAGAAAGAGGAAGUGGAAGGCCUUCUUCCAGAGGCUAAUGAAGGAUGUGAUCGAGAGGCAAGAGGAGCUGCAGAAGAGAUUCUUGGAAGCCAUAGAGAAGCGAGAGCACGACCGAAUGGUCCGUGAAGAAGCGUGGAAAAUGCAGGAAAUGGCGAGAAUGAAUAGAGAGCACGAGCUUUUAGUCCAGGAGAGAUCAAUAGCCGCCGCCAAAGACGCAGCGGUCAUUGCAUUCCUGCAGAAAAUAUCCGAGCAGCAAAACCCGGUGCAACUGCAAGACAGUACCCCGCCACUGCCGCAGCCCCAGGCGGGACCGCCACAACCGCCGCCACCGCAGCCUCAGCUGCAGCUGGUGAAGGUUUUGGAACCGAGGAAGAUGGACAACGGAGGAGGAGGCGAGAAUUUAGUUCCAACAAGCUCAUCCCGAUGGCCGAAAGCCGAAGUCCAAGCCCUGAUUCGGCUCCGAACCAGCUUGGAUGUCAAGUAUCAGGAAAACGGACCCAAAGGGCCCUUAUGGGAGGAGAUCUCGGCGGGCAUGAGAAAGCUGGGAUACAACCGGAACGCCAAAAGAUGCAAAGAGAAAUGGGAGAACAUCAACAAGUACUUCAAGAAAGUGAAGGAAAGCAACAAGAAAAGACCAGAAGAUUCCAAGACGUGUCCAUAUUUCCACCAGCUUGAAGCGCUGUACAAAGAGAAGAACAAGAUGGAGAUAAACUCAUUCAAUCCCAGUUACGCCGUCUUGAAACCCGAAAACCCUAUGGUCCCCAUAAUGGUGCAGCCAGAGCAACAAUGGCCUCUACACCCCGAGAUGAACAGAUCGGAAUCGGGAAUGGAGGACAUGGAAAGCGAAAACAACAUGGAGCAGAACCAGGAGGACGACGAAGACGACGGAGAAGAAGAGCAAGAAGGAGAUGAGGACGACGAAGAUGAUGGAGGUGGCUAUGAGAUAGUAACAAACAAAACAUCUUCGAUGGGCACGGCUGAGUGAGACAAUACAGAGAAACCUUUUUUUUUUUCCUUUUUUUUUUCUUUAUUUCUUUCUUUUUUUAAUUUAUUUUUGUUGAUGAGAGAGUUUGGCACUUGACUGGGAGAGCUGUGGCAAAUGGCAAUGGAAGUGGGUCAGAUCGCAGAAGUUGUCGGAGAGAGGAUGAGUGGGUCAGAUUCCGGCUGGCAAGAUGGGGUUGCAGCAAAAACUUCAAAAAAAAAAUUUAUACUUCAAGGGAGGAGGAAGGAAAAAAAAAACAAACACAUGGGUUGUAGCCUAUAGUGGGAUUAUAUGUUUAUUUUUAUAAUUUAUUUAUUAUUUUCUAAAUAAAUAAUCUGAGAGGGGGAGGGGGGAGGGCUGAAGGGGGUGGUUCCACAGAAUAAAAUAUAGAGAUCAGUGUUGUAUUUUUCUGCAUUUGAUGGGGUGUAAAUGUGAGCAAUGGUUCAGUUCUGGGUCAAUGAUAACAAUUAAGAAACUAGUUUCAGAA